AUGAAGUUCCCCUUCUCGUCCAUCUUCGACUCGGCAAAUUUAAUAGCUACUCUGUCGCAGGUCGCUACAAAUGGAGACUCUCUAUUAGGCACGCUGUCUGCUCCUUACAUGCCCAAAUUUCUAGAGGACGGCCCCUUACCCUAUGGAUUUCCAUGGGGCAUGGCGACAACGAAUCACACAGAUCCCCGCCAUGCUCCGAAUACUGGAAAAAUCCGCCCAUAUAAUUUUGUCAUUGAGCGCGGCACCCUAGCACCAGAUGGCGUCCAAAAAAAUGGUCUACUAAUCAACGGACAAUUUCCUGGUCCGACUAUUGAAGCGAACUGGGGAGAUACAUUUCAGAUUACAGUGACAAAUAAUAUCACAAGUCCUGAAGAAGGAACCACUCUCCAUUGGCAUGGUCUGCAUCAAGAUCAGACACCUUGGUUUGAUGGUAUACCAUCAGUUUCUCAAUGUCCCAUUGCACCGGGGAGCUCGUUCACAUAUACGUUUCAAGCCGGCCUUUAUGGCACAAGCUGGUAUCACUCUCACUACAGCGCUCAGUACGCAGACGGGCUUUUUGGGGCUAUGAUCAUCCACGGACCUGCUCAUACACAUUAUGAUUAUGACCUUGGACCCAUACUUCUGUCUGACCAUUACCACACGGGUUAUUUCGAGCUCGUUAAGCGCUACAUAGGAACUAGAGCUGUUCCAAAUUCAGACAACAAUCUCAUUAAUGGCAAGAUGGAUUAUGACUGCUCUCUCACGAAAACAAAUUGUACGCCUAAUGCUAGAUUAUCAAGAUUCAAAUUGGUGUCUGGAAAGGUACACCGACUACGUCUUAUUAACUCUGGAUCAGAGGCAAUCCAGAGAUUUACUAUCGAUGGCCACACCAUGACAGUAAUUGCUAACGACUACGUGCCUAUUGAACCUUAUGAAACAGAUGUUAUCACGCUUGGAGUUGGGCAGCGUAGUGACGUUCUCGUUAGAGGAACGGGCCGCCCUACAGAAUCAUUCUGGAUGAGAAGCGACAUUAGCAAGAGAUGUAGCAAUACCAACCAGCCUCAUGCUCUCGCUGUAAUCCACUAUGAAGAAUCUGACAAGUCCACACCAACAUCACAAGCUACAGUUUACAAUGAGACGAGUUGCUCAAACGACCCUCUUAAUAUGACGAAGCCUGUUUUUGUUACGGCGCCUCCUCCUGAGCCUGACUUUACACAGAUAGUCGACAUUGACUUCCAAACUAAUGCCACAGGCAGUGAAUUGUGGACCAUAAACAACCAGUCUUUCCGAGCUAACUUUGACCACCCGAUACUCCUCCUCGCAAAGCUAGGAAACACCUCCUACCCUGAUGACCCUCAAUGGAACGUCUACAACUUUGGUAAUAGCACCUCGAUCCGCCUCAUCCUGCGCAACGGAAUCCCCAUUAUGCAUCCUAUGCACCUCCACGGCCAUAGCUUCUGGGUCAUCGCUGAGGGGGUGGGGGAAUGGGAUGGAGUCAUCACGCGACCCGAGAACCCGCAGCGAAGGGACACACAGAUCAUCGAUUGGGGGUAUCCUAGUCCGGGCAAACCGAGUUAUGUGGUGAUUGAUUUCUUGGCCGAUAAUCCGGGGGUGUGGCCGUUCCAUUGUCAUGUCGCUUGGCAUGUUAGUGAUGGGCUGUCUAUGAACGUUAUGGAACGCCCUGAUUUGAUCACCGAGCGCCAAAUCCCAUCGAUCAUGGCGCAGACCUGUCGAGACUGGUGGCAAUAUAGUGGGCAUAACGUCGUUGAUGAGAUAGAUUCCGGGAUAUAA